AUGCAAGAAUUUAGUGCAAAACGUGAUGCACUUUUUGCAUGCCUCGACGACGCCAGCAAAGAGUUGAAGGGCACGCCCCUAGACCAAAGCAGAGCGAAGCCGUACACAGUAAGCGCCCUGGAGCGGGCCAACAACACUAAAAACAGGAGCCAGGUGAUGAACUAUCGCCAGGGACGCAGCAUUGAGGGGGGCAAUGAAGUCGAGGAUGAGAAGCUGCGCCGCCUGCGAGGCAAGGAGAGUAUAUUCAAGAAGCCAGAGCUGCCCAUUGGACGUUGCCUAAAGCCGCGAAAGACGCCCGACUACCAGAUCAACCCGCACAAGUGGAAGAAAUAUUCACUCUCCGAUGUUGACAUAUCCGAUCAGACCAACGCGGCAGCGGCCUUAUCUUUUCUAAGGGAAAUGGACUCACAGCGCGAUGGAGACUCAGAUGACACCGAGGAUAUGAAUGACGGAGGAACAGGCGCAGCCCACAAGAUCGAAUUCAAAAAGACAAGCAAAUUAAAUCGCAAUCUCAAGCAGCUUAAGAGCAAUGAGGUGGAGGAUGUUGAAUUAGACAAGCCACAGCUGCGCGGCUCCAAGCUGGUGAUGCCCGAGUAUGUAAUUGGCCAAAAGUCAUCCAGAAAAGCCAAAAAACAACAAAGCAGCAGUCAAACUCGCGCAGCGGGCAAAUUGCAGCUGUCGCAUUUGGAAGAGGUCGAUGAAUGCGACGAGUAGGCGGUCUAGCUACGGCCUGAUAAGGCGCCCUAGUAUUAAGAUAACACAUAUAUAUAGUAUAUCUACUUAUGUUAUACAAAAUAUAGUUUGUAUUUAUAAAAAUAA